AAUAACAAUCGUCUUGCGGGGGGUCAUGGGUAUCCUCCUCCUUUUUCUCCCUUUCUUCGCUCUCCUGGGCUGCGGCGUGAACUCUGUACGUUGUGGACCUCCUCCUGCAGAGGAAAGGUGCGGCCUGGAGUGGCUCUCGGUGCCGCCGGCGCUGGUCCCGGAGCUGAACUGCAUCCCCCCGCGGCGGUAUUUCGCCAUGCGCCAGUGGGACCUGCUGGCCCGCGAGCUGACGAAGCUGCGGGAGAAGAGGGACCAGAUCGAGUACCUGCUGGGCGUCGUGCUUCGCCGCGUCGAGGCCUCCCGGGGCUCUGGGCGGCCCGUGCGGCACGUGGUGGACUUCGGGGGGGGCCGCGGCGACUUCGCGCUGUGCCUCGCCUGGCUGCUCCGGGAGAGGGGCUUCGGCGACACCGCCGUCACGGUGGUGGAGCUGGAGGAGACCCUCUGCCAGCAGGGCCGCCGGCGCGCGGCGGCCCUCGCAGCCGACUGCUCCCCUGGCGCGCUGCCGGUGCGCUUCGCCAACAUGACCAUCCGUGUGCGACUUCGAGGAGCCGUUCGACCUCGCCGUGGCGCUGCACGCCUGCGGACCCCUGGUGGACGAGGUCCUCCGGCAGUGCCGGCGGGGGGGCGCCGAGUUCGUGCUGCUCACGUGCUGCUUCGGGAAGAUCCCGAAGCGGGCUGGGGCCCUCGGGCUGGAGUACCCCAGGGCGGGGGGCGCCCUGGUGCGCGGGAAGGAGGACUUCUUCGAGCUCUGCAAGAUCGCCGACGGCCCCACGGACCGCGACUCCACGCAGGCCAUGCGCAUCCUCAACUCCGACCGCUGCGGCCUGAUGCGCCAGUUGGGCGGCUGGGCGGCGCUCGCGGCGAUCCCCCGGUCCGUCACCAACAAAACAUCAUCGUGGCCGGGGUGGCGGCGGCCUCCCUGGCGGGCCCCGUCGACGUGGCCCGGGGCGAAGCGCCCCUCCCUCGGGUGACAGGCGUGUCGCUGUCGCCUGGCCCUCCCAACCAGGCCCCCGGCACGCUGCGGGUGGUCAUCAUCUCCGACACGCACAGCCGGCACCGCGAGCUGACGGUGCCCCCCGGCGACCUCCUGGUCGUCGCCGGCGACUUCACCAAGAGCGGCACCAGGCAGGAGGUGGAGGACUUCGCCCUCUGGCUGGACGGGCUCCAGUUCCAGGAGAAGGUGGUGGUGGCGGGCAACCACGAGGUCACGUUCGACCCCGGCUACUACGAGGCGCGCGGCCACGCGUUCCACAAGGGCCCGGAGCGCGUCGACGCGGCGGAGGUCAAGAGGCUGGUGUCUUCGCGGCCGGGGCUGCGCUACCUGGAGAACGGGAGGGUCAGCCUCGAGUUCGGAGGGCAGCGCCCGCCCGUGUGCGUCUUCGGCUCCCCGUGCCAGGCCGCGACGUACGGUGAGCACACCAUGGCCGCAUUCACCUGCAGCAAGGAGGACGAGGAGGGCGACUGGGCGCCGCUGCUGGCGCAAGGGCGGUCGGGGCCGCCCGUCGACAUCCUCGUCACCCACGGCCCGCCCUACGGCAUCGGCGACCUCAGCACCGACGGCUGCCCGGAUGGCUCCCGCGCCUCGCCCGGCGGCAGCCGCCCCUUGCUGCGGGCGGUGCGCGAGAUGCGCCCUGUUCUGCACGCCUUUGGCCACAUGCACGAGGGCUACGGCGCCUCGACCGACGGGCUGACGCUGUUCGUCAACGGAGCCAUGUGCGAGCGCUACGUGGCGCAGCGCCUGCCCAUCGUCGUGGACCUGCCGCGCGCCGAGCCGGGCGGCGGCCGCGGGCUGCGGGCGGCCGAGCCCGGCGGCGGCCCGCCGCCCUGCUGGCAGGCCCGGCCCGCGAGCGCCUCGAGCUACGGGGACUCGGGGAGGCCACACCACCAGGGCACGAGCCCGCUGUUCUGGAGGCUGAUGGAGGACCUCCAUGCGCGGCCCGAGCUCCACGUUGCAACGGGCUGCUCGGGCUAUCGCAACAAGGCCUCCCUGUCCCUGGGGGAGCUCUUCGCGCCCCAGGACAGCUGCGCCCCAGAGCUGAACCGCGUGGCCUCGUGGCUGCAGGCCUCGGCCCUGUCGUCUGCGGGCUCGGGCCUGUGGGUCGAGGCGGCGCUCAAGCUGACGCGCCGUGGCAGCCUGGGCGUGAAGGUGAUCCUGCGCGGGCGCGAGGCCGCGGAGGAGUGGGUCCGGGACCGCUCGGGCGCUUGGUGGGCGGAGCUGCGCCGGGACCUGCCGUUCGUCUCGUCGGUGACGUACCAGGUGGCUCCCGCAGACUCCGACGAGAAGCCGCCGAAGAGCCCGUGGCACCCUCGCUACCAGACGCCCACCGCCCUAUUUGGUGACCCCUUUGUCCUCGAAGGAGUGCCCGGCGGGACCCUUUCGCAGCCCGCGCCCGCGUACCGCCUCUCGCCAGAUACGUUCUCCGAGGUCAACACGCCCGCCGAGGACGCGAUGUUUGAGGUACUGUCCGAGUGGGUCUGCGGCUUGCGUGGACGCGGCGAGGCUCAGGUGCUCGGCAUGUUCGGGCGAAAUUGCGGCCUGUUGGGUCUUGCCUUGCAGCACCGAUUCGACUUCAGGCGUGUGUACGCCCGCACCCAUUGCCCAGUGACCAUCGCGGACGUGCAGGCCAGCGUGGAGAUGCUGCCUCCGCAUCUUGCCGACCUCUGGGACACAGGCAGGUGUGAGAAAUACGAUUUCGGCGCUGCCAUGGCGGCGAUUCCCGAAGGCCAGGGCAAGAUGCUAGUGCACGUGACCAACAGCCGCCACGGCCUCGCCGACGGCAUCAUACCCGCGCUGAAGGCCCGCAGGGACAUCACGGCGGUCGCGUACAAUUCCUGCAGUCACUUGCCGCUGCCCGCUGAGUGGCAGGAGCUCUUCUCUGGGCCUGGAGCGUUCCAGCUGGCUGCUUUUCGAAGCUUUGACCUUCUUGCUGGCACGGAGUUCAUGUCCUCCUACUUCCUCCUGGUGCGGCGGCCUCCGAUGCUCGUCCUCCCGAUCGGCCCGCCCGGCGUCGGCAAGUCCUGGCUCGCGAGGAGGUUGGCGCCGGCGUGCGAGGUGUUCGAGCGCGACCGGGCGUUCUUCGAGGAGAUGAUGCGCGAGGGCGGGGGCCUGGCGGGCGCCAAGCGCCGCACGCACGCCCGGCUCCAGCGGGCCCUCGAGGCCGCGGGCCGCGCGGGCUGCGCGCUGCUGGUGGACUCCACGAACGGCCGCCGCGACGGGCGGGAGAUGCUCCAGCAGGCCUACGCCAGCGCGGCGGGCGCGGCCGCGCGGGUGGUGAUCGCGGCGCUCCGGGCGCCCGCUGGGGACGAGGGCCUGCUGCACCGCCGCCUGCGGGAGCGGUGCGCCUCCGCGGAGAGCCCCGAGCACGAGCGGCUCCUCGGCGGCGGGGCUCUCCGGCCCGGGGCCACCGACGAGGAGUUGGGCGCCAAGGUCCGGCGCGUGCUCGAGGGCAUCGAGUACCCGGACACUCGCGCCGCUGGCGAGGGCGCCGCCCUGGUGCUGGAGGCCUCGGCGGGCGACCACGACGCGGUGGAUGGGCUGUUGUGGAGCGUCUUCCAAGAGCUCUGCUGCCCCGACCUGAGCCCCCAGGGCCCGCGGGGGCGGCCGGCCGACGCCAGCGCGCACCUCCCACCUCCUCCCCCUCCCCCUCCUACUCCUCCCCCAUGAUCCUCCUCAUCCUUGCGAUUCCCUUCCGUGCCCCCGACAAUGACCCGCCGCGGCAGCUCCAUCCUGCGAGGAGCGGGGACAGCGCGGAGGCUGAGGCACCGCCUGCUGCGGCGCCAUGUGGCGGAGAUGCGGUCAACAACGUUCCGCUCGGGUUCCCGUCUGCCGCUCGUCGCCGCCGUUUUCGUCGUGCUGGUCGUGGCGGCCGCCGUGGUCGUGGUCGUCAUCGUGUUCGUCGCC